AUGGCAUCCGCGCUGCAGAGGACGGCGUCGACGCACAGGUCGGCGGUUAUCCGAGGCGCGCACGAGUUCCAGAUCGUCGGCUACAGAGCCCGUAAGUCACUCGCCCGCGUCACAGACUCCUCCUCCAAGGACGCUGCCGCACCUUUUUACGCCGGCGGCGUUCCUUGCACCAUCAAGUCUAAACCCUUCCAGGUCGGCGGCUACACCUGGCAUCUCGUCUGCACCUUCUACGACAAAGGUGACCGUCACCUUAAAUCCGUCACCCUCGAGAUGCUCAGCGCCUUCAUCGUCGCCUCAGACGUCAUCGCUACGGCAAGCCUCCGCAUUGACGACCCCCUUGGCCGGUGGCCGCCCGCCGUGUGGAAAAGUGACACCGCCAACACCUUCUCCUGGAAAGCUCAGGGCAGGAGCUGGAAGCUAUCGCUCCCAGAUGCGUUCUGCGGGCACGAGGACCGCUACGUGAGCACCGACGACCGCCUCACCAUCCUCUGCACCGUUGAGGUCUUCAAGGAGAACGCCGCCACCGCCGCCGAACCCACCAAGUGCUUCGUCUCCCCGGUGCCCCCGCCGACCAUCGCCGGCGAAUUUCGCAAGCUUCUGCUUCUUUUGGAGACGAGGUGCCUGGAGACAUCAGACGUGACGUUUAUCAUCGAGGGCACUCAGAUCAUGGCCCACCGGCUCGUGCUCGCCAUGCGGUCUCCCGUCUUUGCGGCGGAACUCUUGGGGCACAUGAGGGAGAGCACCACUCGCCAUGUCACGAUCCAUGACAUGAGCGCCCCCACUUUCAGGGCCAUGCUCCGCUUUAUCUACACCGACGAGUUUCCCAUAAACAGCAGUGAUUCCAUGGUGCGUGACCUUCUGGUCGCUGCAGAUCGGUAUGAUCUUGGGAGGCUUAGGCUCAUGUGCGAGAACAUACUGGUAGAGAGAAUCAACAUCAUGACUGUCAUAUCGAUUUUGCUGCUAGUGCGAGGUCGCGGAAGCUGCCAUCAGCUUGAGGAUUCCUGCAUCGAGUACAUCGCGUCUGAUCCUGAUGUUUACGCUGCGGUGAGGGCGACGGAGGGCCGCCCCCCACCAGAGAAGAGCAUGUCCAUCUUUAACUCGUCCGUGGUGGUCCGCGGCACACAUGAGUUCAGGAUCCCUAAUUUUAGCUCUGUUCAGAGGAGCCAUGGUACUGACCAAGCAAUCCCUUCCGACACAUUCAAGGUAGGAGGUUACGACUGGACGAUGCAUGUUUAUCCAUCGGGGUUUUCCACGGUGGGUGGUGGGAACUCAGGAAAGUACAUAUCUGUCUUCCUCAGUUUAGGGACUGACCCUGGAACCGCCAGUGUCAAGUUGUACAGGAGGUUCAGGAUUGAUGACCCUACUGGCAAAGCAACGUCGACAAUACUUGCCUCAGAGGUAAUUUAUACCAAGGCGUCUAGAAGUUGGGGGACUCAAAACUUUAUCACCGUGAAAUCUGCAAAGUCACGGUACAUGGGACAUGAUGGCUCUCUUACCAUUCACUGCGACAUUGACCUGACCAAGGAGGCAUGGACUACUAGUACUAAAGCUACCGCCAUUGCAGCACCCAGAAUCAUUGUGCCGCCAUCCAACAUUGCCUCACACCUCGAGCAACUAUUCGUUAGCGGGCAAUGGUCCGAUGUGACGUUCCACGUCGAGGGGAGCCAGAUCCACGCGCAUUGGCUCAUCAUCGCCGUGCGGUCGCCUGACCUGUUUUUCGCGGUGGUGCCAUCGACGACCAAGAGGGGGAUGGUGCCAAAGAGGGUCAUACGGAUUAUCAACAUGAAGGCCGCUGUGCUCAGGGCCGUGAUCCACUUCGUCUACACCGAAGAACUGCCUCCUGUGAAUGACGCAGUGGUGGCUGGAGAAAUGCUCGCAGCUGCUCGCCGGUUCCACCUGGAGAGGAUGACGGCCAUGUGCGAGAACUUGGUCUCUCGGCUCGUCACAAAAGACAACGCUCUGAGCAUGCUGGAGCUGGCGUGGCGUCACCGCUGCAAGGAGCUCAAGCUAUAUUGCACCGAGUUCAUCUCGCAUGCAAUGAAGUGA